AUGGAAACCAACACUUUCGAGAUUCUUGAAAUUUGCGGAGACGGUACAUUUGGCAUUGUAUACAAAGCUAAACAAAAGUCAGCAGAAACAUUAGUUGCUAUUAAAAGAGCUAAGGAAGUUAAAUAUGAGAGACCUGUACAAGAACGGAUUGCAAGCGAGAUAGAAAUUUUACGCAAAGUUCAACAUGAAAAUAUCAUAUCAAUAUUUUCUUUGGAAGAACCAGUAGAAAUAACAUCUUCGCUAUCAUUUUCUAAAUUAUUGAAUAUCAAACUUAAUAUUAAUGCAAUUGUAUUUCCUUAUUGUCCUCUAACAUUAAAAUCUUUACUAAAAGACUAUGUUCUUGCACUACAUGAAAUCAAGUCUUGCAUUUGGAUGAUACUCAAUGGUGUCGUUCAUAUUCAUAGUAUUGGUGUAAUACAUAGGGAUUUAUCACCAAGUAAUAUAUUAAUUAGUGACUCAGGUGUUAUCAAGAUUUCUGAUUUCGGGAUAGCAUGGACGGAUUCUAAUAAUCAUGAACCUAGAGGUAAAAUGAAAUUCGAAGUGGGAACAAGAUAUUAUCGUGCUCCGGAACUUCUUUACUCAACUGAUAACUAUUCUAAUGCAAUUGAUUUAUGGUCACUUGGAUGUAUCUUUGCUGAAUUCUUUACAAAACCUGCUAGCUCACCAUUGUUUCAUAGUGAAAAUGAUAUUGAACAAUUAAGUGAAAUAUUUCGUAUAUUAGGAGUCCCCAAUGAAUCUACUUGGCCUAUUACUUUUGUUAAUAAAGAUUGUGACGGACUAACAAUUAAACAAUUACCUAGAGCAAAGCCCCAGGAUGUACAAUUUAUCUCAAAAUUUCUAAAAUAUCCAUCUAUGGAAAGAAUGACAGCCGGCAAAGCGCUUUUAGAUCCUCUAUUCGAUGCUGACGAUUUUUCAAAGUUUUAUAUUAAUAUUCAAGAUCUUAAGAAAU